AUGGAGGUUGCUACUGAUGAGCCAUUCACUCCAAUAAAACAAGACACAAAGAAAGGAAAAUUGCGCUACUACCCGUAUAAUAUAAACUGGAAUUACGGAUUACUCCCACAAACUUGGGAAGACCCGUCAUUUGCCAACCAUGAAGUUGAUGGGGCAUUUGGAGAUAACGAUCCAGUUGAUGUUGUUGAAAUUGGGGAUAGCCGUGGAAAAAUUGGCCAGAUUCUGAAAGUCAAGCCCUUAGGUGCUUUAGCUAUGAUUGAUGAGGGCGAACUUGACUGGAAAAUAGUGGCAAUUUCAUUGGAUGAUCCAAGGGCUUCACUUGUAAAUGAUGUUGAUGACGUGGAGAAGCAUUUUCCGGGCACUCUUACUGCAAUCAGGGACUGGUUCAGAGACUACAAGAUCCCUGAUGGAAAACCUGCUAACAAGUUUGGUCUUGGCAACAAGGCAGCAAACAAGGAUUAUGCUCUGCAAGUCAUUACUGAAGCCAAUGAGUCUUGGGCCAAACUUGUCAAAAGAUCUACUCCUUCUGGGGAGCUUUCCCUUGUGUAA